AUGUCUCCAGACUUCGACCUACUCUCUUCCAUCCGCUACGAUCACUCCUUGCGAGACCUACAGUGGAAUACCCUCGCCAAUGGAGGCAUCCAGUCUCCCUACCUCCUCCUCAGGUAUCAUCUGGACAGGUUGCUCGAUGCAGCAGAACAGCAUGGAUGGCAAUUCCUGCGCUUUAUCACGCAUGAUAGCUUGAAGAUUGCUUGCGAUGAUGCCGUUCGCGAUGCGUCCUCUGAUCUCGCGGUGCCAAGCAGCACUUUCAAGAUCCGCAUUAUCGUCACCCGCGCAGGCGUCCUGAAGGCUUCAGCUGCUCCUGUACCGCCGUUGCCCUCUCUGGAUCCCGGCUGCGCGUCGCUGGAGGCUGUCAUCCACGAUCCUCUGCCUUCUAUAUUUGAACCACUUUUGACCAUCUGUCUUGAUACCGAACCGACACCUUCAAGUGUCUUCACUCGGACGAAAACCACUCAUCGGCCGCAUUAUUCCGCCGCCCGUAAUCGUUUAGGAGUACCUCCUCUCCCAUCUCCCUCGACGAAAGACGUUCUUCUUUACAAUCCAUCGGGAGAGCUUACUGAAACUUCUAUACGAAACAUUGCCUUUCUCCGUGGUUCACCCGCGCGAUGGGUGACCCCCCAUUCUUCGACGGGUUGUCUUUGCGGAGUGAUGCGCCGAUGGCUUCUGGAACAAGGGAGAAUCGUCGAAGCCUCUGAAGGAGAACUUCGCCUAGGCAAUCUUGUAGAUGGAGAGUACGUGCUGACUUUUAACGGUGUUGAGGGUUGUCGCUUGGGUCGGAUCAACAUGGUGUAA